UCAUAAUUUUUUAUUUGUUGUGUUGGAGACUUUUUAUGAGGAUCAUAAAAAGAAAAAUAAAUAAUCGAAAAUAAAUGUGGAAUUAACAAAAUACUAAAUGUAAAUUAAAAAAUAUAAAAAAACUUGACAUUAAAUACAAAUUUGAUAUACUUUGGCGUUUUGGAAUACACAGGAAUAUUCUAAGAGACUUAUUAAAUAUCAAUGCGUGUUGUUAUGGUGAAUCGUGUCGUCACAAGUGUUCAAAAUAAAAUUCAUGUUGUUUACUUAUUAAUGCUUGCUAGCAUUUUAAUAGGGUGUAACUAAAAGACGCUGUUUGUGUUAUUAUUACAUUACGUUUUUCCAAGUUUGACUUGUUUUGAAAAAGUAGUCUUCCGCUGAUAGACUAUGUCAACGCUCGACGAACGAACAGCUUACAAAAAUAAUCCAUUUUUUACUGGUCAUAUUUAUGGGAAUUUUUCGCCAUUUUAUGUGACAAUUGCUGUGUGUACCGUUGUACUUGGUUCCAUAAUAAUUUUGAAUAUAAUCUUUGGUUGCUGUUCGAAACAUCGUCAGUACUGGCAGGAUAGACAUACAGGCAAUCGCUGGCUAGUGUCAAUUUGGUCGGCCACACCUCAUAAUCAACCACCAUUAGAUUUUACCGAACUGAAAGACGCCAAAUAUUUUCAAAGUCUACAGCCCGCUCCACGACUUUUUAGCGAAGAUAUCGAAGCUCAAGUAGAAGACGUGCCAAUACAUCACCAGUACCAACAAAGACAUCCUCGUCACGAAGGCAGAGGUUUGCAUCAACAAAGGCAACGUGAAGAAUACGUAGAAUUGCAUACAAAACGAGAAAGCGACAUAUAA